AUGAAACUCUCCCCCAUACCAAAUUUUGCUUCUGCUUCUUUGGAGGAAGCCAAUGCUCUUCUUAAAUGGAAAGCAAACCUUGAAAUCCCAAAAAACUCCUUGCUCUCUUCAUGGAUUCCCCUCCCUUUGAAUUCCAGUGCAUCGGUUCCAUGCACUUCUUGGUUUGGAGUAGUUUGCAAUGCUGAUGGGAGCAUUCAGAGGCUAAACCUCAGUUCAUCUGGACUAAAGGGUACGCUUCAUCAAUUUUCAUUCUCAUUGCUACACAAUCUUACUCAUUUUGAUCUCAGUGUAAACAACUUCUUUGGCCCCAUCCCACCAGAAAUCAGACUCCUGUCCAGACUUGUCUAUCUUGAUUUUUCAGAAAAUAAUUUUUCUGGAGUAAUCCCACCUGAAAUAGGGAUGAUGCUAUCCAAUCUUGAGAUAUUUUACCUGAAUGGAAAUAACUUGAUUGGUUCCAUACCACAAGAGAUCGGUCGACUAACCUCUCUCUAUAAGCUUCAAUUGUCUGACAAUUUUCUUCAAGGAGAAUUGCCUCCAACACUGGGAAAUUUAACAAAGUUAGUUCAUCUGUGUCUGUAUAACAAUAAAUUUUCGGGUCAAAUUCCUUCAUCAUUGGGUGAUUUGACAUCUUUGAAUGUCUUUUAUUUGGACCACAAUCAACUCUCUGGUCCCAUUCCUAUCGAAGUAGGGAAUUUGAAGUCUCUCACUGAUCUUAAUGUGAGUGACAAUCAACUUACUGGUUUUAUUCCUUCAUCACUAGCAAACCUGAGCAACCUACAACACCUGUACCUUUUUAAGAACAAAUUAUCUGGUCCCAUUCCUAUUGAACUUGGGAAUUUGAAGUCUCUGAUUGAUCUUACGUUGAACCACAAUCAACUUGUAGGUUCUAUUCCUUCAUCACUAGCAAAUCUGAGCAACUUACAGCGUCUGUACCUCCAUCACAAUAAAUUAUCUGGUCCCAUUCCUAUUAAACUUGGGGAUUUGGAGUCUCUCACUGUGCUUGGGGUGGGUGACAAUCAGAUUAGUGGUUCUAUUCCUUCAACACUAGCAAACCUAAGCAACCUACAGUAUCUGUACCUCAAUGCGAAUAAAUUAUCUGGUACAAUUCCACAGGGAUUAGGAAGUCUAGAAUUGUUUCACCUACAAAUGUACAAUAAUCAAUUGUCUGGCGAUUUGCCUGAUGAUUUGUGCAAUGGGGGAAAGCUUCAAUUGUUAAUAGUUAAUGGCAAUCAACUCACUGGUUCUAUUUCAAGAGGCUUAAAGAAUUGUUCUAGCUUAAUAAGGGCUCGGUUUGAUCAAAAUCAAUUCAGUGGAGAUAUAUCAAAUAGUUUUGGUGUUUAUCCAAUCUUAAAUUACCUUAAUGUCAGUCACAAUAAUUUUCAAGGGCAGCUUUCUCAAAACUGGAGUAAAUGCAAGAAUUUGACAUCCUUAGUGAUGUCCUAUAACAACAUCAGUGGUAGCAUACCACCAGAGUUUGGAAAUUCAACUCAACUACAAAGACUUGAUCUUUCUUCAAAUUGUUUGGUUGGUGAGAUCCCAAGGGAGUUUGAGAAGAUGAAAAGUAUGUUGUAUUUGUACUUGUCUCAUAAUCAACUUUCGGGUAUUAUACCACAGGAGCUCGGAUCACUGCAUCAUCUCCUUGUUCUUGAUCUAUCCAAAAAUAUAUUGAAUGGGUUGAUUCCAACAAGUAUUGGUUAUUGGGCAGGCCUCUACUACUUGAAUCUUAGUAAUAACAACCUCAGUGAAAAAAUCCCAUCUGAGAUUGGUAAAUUAGGUCAACUUACGAAAGUUGAUUUAUCUCACAAUUUGCUCACCAAAGAGAUACCAUCUGAAGUUCAAAGUUUGCAAAGUUUGCAAAAAUUGGAUCUUUCUCACAAUAGACUAUCUGGUUCUAUUCCUGAUACUUUUACAAGUUUGCCUAGCGGGAUUGAUAUCGACCUAUCUUACAAUGAGCUCAAAGGUCCGGUUCCCCAUAGCACUAACUUUGUGAAUGCAUCCAUACAAGGCAAUCCAGGUUUGUGUGGAAAUGUUACAGGGUUAGAUCUUUGUGCAAGUCAAAUUAAAAAGAAGAAAAAUGAUGCAUUUCAUCAUAGGCUUAUCCUUGUAAUUAUGCUCCCCCUUAUUGGGGUAGUUUUACUUGGUUUGUUCAUGUGUGGAAUCAUUGCUCAUCGACAACGGAAAAAAGUUGCUCCACAGAUGCAGUUGGACGAAGAAGGUCAUGAUUUUUUCUCCAUAACAAGUUUUGAUGGAAAUGUAGUUUAUGACGAAAUCUUGAAGGCAACAAAUGAUUUUGAUGAAGCAUAUUGUAUUGGGACCGGAGGAUGCGGCAUUGUGUACAAAGCACAGCUACAACCUAACAAUGUGUUAGCAGUCAAGAAAAUUCAUUCAUCGAUAUCAUUUGAGGAGACUGAUCAUAAUGGUUUCCUUAAUGAGGUACGUGCAUUAACAAACAUAAGGCAUCGAAACAUAGUGAAACUCUAUGGAUAUUGCUCCCAUGCCCGCCACUCAUUUUUGAUUUAUGAAUACCUUGAAAAGGGAAGCCUUGGAUCAAUCUUAAGAAGCAAUGUCUUAGCAAAAGAAUUGGAUUGGUUGAAAAGGGUCAAUAUUGUAAAGGCUGUAGCUAAUGGUUUGGCUUAUAUGCAUCACGACUGCUCACCUCCUAUAAUUCACAGAGACAUAUCCAUUGCCAACAUCCUUCUUGAUUCUGAUUAUGAGGCACAUAUUUCUGAUUUUGGGACCUCCAAGCUUUUAAAGCUAGACUCGUCCAACUGGACUGCAGUUGCUGGUACCUAUGGUUAUAUCGCACCAGAGCUUGCUUAUACAAUGGUGGCAACCGAGAAAUGUGAUGUGUAUAGCUUUGGAGUUGUUGCACUAGAAGUGGUCAUGGGAAAACAUCCUGGAGAACUCAUAACAUUUUUACCAACAUUGUCUACUGAUUAUCUGGUUGCAAUCAAUGUGGGAGAUAGUCGGAUGCCUCCUCCCUCAUCCCAAGUUGAGAAACAAGUUAAGUCAGUUCUGAGUAUCUCAAGAACAUGUUUGAACUCGAAUCCACAUGAAAGGCCAACAAUGCGCCAAGUUUCAAAUCUGUUAGUGAAGGAUCUGCGUUGA